GAAAUUGAAAGCAUGUAGAAGAGGGUAUGUAGUUAAUUAGUUGGUGAGGGGGAGGGGAGAGUGACAGACAGACAUAGAGAUGGUAGAAAAACAGAAAACGAAAAGAGAAGAGGAGCGCACAGUUGCUUUUUGGGGAGGCCAUGGCGGCGUUGCCAGACCUGUAAUUCUGCGUCUUUAAUGCCAACAACACACCCUCACCCACACCCACAUAAUUGAAGCUCCCGAUUACAUUAAACUCUUCUUCGUCUUCCCUUUUUUCUCUCUCUCUCUCUCUCUCUCACUAGAAAACACACAAGUUGUCUAAUUAAAACCCCACCCUUUGCCCCUUUCUCUCUCUCUCUCUCUCCCUCCCUCAAAGACAGUCACACUCACACACCCUCUCUUCAUUUAAAAACCAAUUUGCUAUUCAAUUGUUUUCCAUCUUCUUUUCACAUGCAAGUACUUGCUCAUUUCAACAAUAAUAGUACGGCCCUUUCCCAUUCAUUCACAAUUCAGACCUUGUCUCGCUUAAAACUCACAAUUCAAGAAUCCCAAUUACACUACCCCCACACCCCAGAUUUCCGCAUUCUUCUUUACUCACUAUCCUCAACCCACUUUGUGCUAUGGAUUAUCCUCACUCACAAUUGACAUCUAUACAAUCCUUUCAUUUUUUACCAAUAUGGCUGGCUUUUUCUCACUAGGCGGCCUUGCUGCUACUGGCCCCCCCCAAGGAGGAACUCACACCAACCCUGAUCAACAGACCACCACCCACAGCAACCCACCUUCCCAAAUCAAUCCAGCUGAGAGCUGGUUCUUGUUCAGAAAUGACGAAAUUUCUUACAAGGGUUUUGAACUCUGGCAGCCACAGCCUCAGCAUCACCACCACCAACCCGACAACUUCCUGCAGCGCGGCCUCGCCAACCCGAUGCAGGAUCUUUAUGCCUCCGCCGGUGGGCUGGCUGUGGGGCCGAGUCGUGGCGCCGGCUUUCAUCUCUCAACCGGUGAUCAGUCUCCAAGAUCGGGUUUUUUGAUGAUGAGGAGUAGCGGGGGAGGGGGAAUAAGCUGCCAAGAUUGUGGAAAUCAGGCUAAGAAAGAUUGCUCCCACAUGAGGUGUAGAACCUGCUGCAAGAGCCGAGGGUUUCAGUGCCAAACUCAUGUUAAGAGCACUUGGGUUCCUGCUGCUGAGAGGAGAAAAAGACAGCAAAGGCUUGCUGCUUUGCAGCAAAAUCAGCAGCAAGAGCGCCAAGAAACGCAGCAACAGACGCAUAGAGAUCAUAGCAUUGGAAAAAGGCAACGAGAUCAGAAUCCCUGUGCUUCCAACUCUCUUGUGUGCACUCGUAUUCCUACCAGCACGUCAGGGUUGGAGCUUGGGAAUUUCCCUUCAGAAGUGAGUUCAGAGGCAGUUUUCCGCUGCGUUAGAGUGAGCGCCGUUGAUGAUGCUGAGGAUCAGUUGGCAUAUCACACUGCAGUGAACAUCGGUGGUCAUGUUUUCAAAGGGAUUCUCUAUGAUCAAGGCACCGAAAGCCAGUACAUGGCGGCCGAGACUUCAUCUGGUGGCGGAAGCGUCAGCGCUGGAGCUGUUCAACAACUUAAUUUGGUAACGGGAACUUCUGCUACCGCCACCUCCGCUCCCAACACCUCAGCCGCCGGAGGUGGUGGUUCAGCCUCGCCUUUUCUUGACUCUUCUUUAUAUCCAGCUCCAGUUAACAGCUUCAUCGCCGGUACGAAAUUCUUCCCACUCCCAAGAUCUUGAAAAAGAAUUUAUCCAAGAAAAGAAGGAAUUUAUAUUUUCUCGCAUUCUCUUUCUCUUUUUGCUUAGUACUAGCUAGUGCUAAUGAUCAUCAGACCAUUGACUUUCUGUAUGAAAACAAAACAUGUCGCGUUACUGCUGUAAAACCCGGACGAGGUAGAGAGAAAGUUAGUGCUAGAAGAAUAGGAAGGACAAGAAAAGAGCAGGAAAUGAGGGGAUUAUGUUUGAUUUUAGUGCAAAUUUCGAUGCACAAGUUGAACUAUUCUUGUUCUAUCUAUUUGAAAUUAAAUACCACAAAAAGUUUGAUGUUCUUUUGGCUGUAAACAUGGGCGUUUUGUUUUGUUGUAUGGCAAUC